AUGCAGGCGAAAACGUUUAUACAUCAGUUGCACGCUAUUUUGCAGCAUUCAGAGCUGCAAACGUGGGUCCGAUGGGACGAUGACAACGAGGAAAAUGAGAGAUCCGGGGUGUUCCUCAUCCGGCCGCACGACGUCGGCUUCGCCGACGGCGUGCUUCGCCGGUUCUUCAAACACGGCAACGUAUCGAGUUUCGUGCGUCAGCUCCACAUGUAUGGGUUCCACAAGCUUGCGUCUGGGGCAGAACCCGGGUCCGGGUCCGGGUCCGGGUCUUCGUCCAGUUCCACUCCCGACAAGACAGAUCUGGUGUGGGGGUUUGCACAUCCAUCGGGUUCUUUCCAUCGCAAUAGCACCGCAUCGGAUUUGCAUCGCAUCCAACGCAAAAGCGGCGGCGUGGGCAGAAACGGAAGACGCAAAAAUGUGCUUUCACCGGUGUGUAUCAACUACGUGGACGGUACUGCAGUCUCGGCUGUUCCAGCGGUUCCAGCGGUCCCUGCGGUCCCAGCGGUCCCUGCCGUCUCAGCAGCAGCGUCCUCCUCGUCAACAACCGUUUUGUCCAGACCAGGCUCAACCGUCACCAACGCAAAACUGGAAUUGCCACCUGCCAACCCAAUCCACGCCCAGUCCCCACUGCCGAGUCUGAAACCGUUGGCAACUCCACAAAUGCACCACCAUGAAGACUUGUCCCGGUCCCCUCCUUCGCCGCACCAAACCACCACAUCACGUCACAACUCCCAACAUUCGGUAGAAUCCCUGCCGCAAAUUUCAUUCAACAAUCCACCUCUGGCGUCCAACGCCAGUCUACAACAGUUUCAUACAAACAUCAACCUCAUACAACGCAGUAUGGUCACCGUACUCGAUCUGCUGCAAAAUUUCCCUCCUUCGUCCAAUGCAGAAGCUGAAAAAGUUUCUGCCACGCUACAGAGCUUAAGACAUGAGAUUAUAAACCUGGACAGCCGAUGGACGUUCUCCAAGCAUCCUAUGCUCUCCACGCACUCGAGUUUUAGUAGUGUUGGAUCUUCUUUCUCACACCAAUCGGGUCCAAGCUCCAGCAGGAUACCGAGUUUGUCAACACAAAAAAGCUCCAUUUUCAGUAAUCCUCGUUUCAGCAACGUUGGCAAUGUCAGAUCUUCUUCAACCAACUAUUGGGGUUCUCCAUCUCAAUUGGAUCCUGAGAAUGGGUUCAACAACUCGCACUUCAAAAGAUGA